AUGGCAGUUCAGCAGCAUGGGAAGACAAGGAUUGCGUAUUAUUACGAUGGAGACGUGGGGAAUUAUUACUAUGGCCAAGGACACCCUAUGAAGCCUCACCGAAUUCGCAUGACUCAUAACUUACUUCUAAAUUAUGGUCUUUAUAGAAAGCUGGAAGUUUAUCGACCAACACCUGCAACAUUUGAAGAGAUGACCAAAUAUCACUCAGAUGAUUAUAUGAUGUUUCUGAAGAAUAUUCGACCUGAUAACAUAUCUGAUUAUACGAAACAAAUGCAGCGUUUUAAUGUUGGUGAGGAUUGUCCAGUGUUCGAUGGUGUCUUCGAGUUCUGUCAACUGUCUUGUGGAGGAUCUCUCGCUGCCGCUACUAAACUCAAUCGUAAACAUGCCGAUAUUGCAAUAAACUGGAUGGGUGGUUUGCAUCAUGCAAAGAAGAGUGAGGCAAGCGGAUUUUGCUACAGCAAUGAUAUUGUGUUGGCGAUUCUGGAGCUCCUCAAACACCACCAACGUGUUCUUUAUGUGGAUAUUGAUAUUCAUCAUGGUGAUGGUGUUGAAGAGGCAUUUUAUACUACCGACCGUGUUAUGACUGUUUCCUUCCACAAAUAUGGAGAGUAUUUCCCUGGUACAGGUGAUUUGAAGGAUAUUGGAGCAGAAAAGGGGAAAUACUAUGCCCUUAACUUCCCACUUCGAGAUGGAAUCGACGAUGAAGCUUAUGAGCGGAUUUUCCGACCGGUCAUACAAAAAGUGAUGGAGAGCUUCCAGCCGUGCGCCAUAGUUCUUCAAUGCGGUGCGGAUUCCCUCACAGGAGAUCGUUUGGGCUGUUUUAACCUUACUUUGAAAGGACAUGGUAAGUGUGUUGCCUUCUUGAAGAAGUUUGGUGUCCCCCUUAUGCUUGUUGGUGGUGGUGGAUAUACUAUUCGAAAUGUAUCGAGGUGUUGGACGUACGAAACUUCUGUAGCUGUAGAUACUGAAAUCGCUAAUGAGCUGCCUUAUAACGACUACUUCGAGUACUUCGGCCCCGACUUUAAGCUACAUAUUGAGAAGUCAAAUAUGACAAAUCAAAAUACGCAAGAUUAUCUCGAGAAGACUAUGACGCGAUUGUUCGAGAAUCUUCGAGAGCUGCCUUAUGCGCCCUCUGUACAAAUGCAACCUAUUCAAUCGGAUGCUAUUUACGUACCGGACAAAGCGCUACUUGAGGAUCACUCCAGCUCUGACGUUCGCAACCCUUCUGCUAUUUACGACCGUGCAAUUGAACACGAUGGUGAGUUCUACGAUGGUGGCAAGGAGGGAGUCAAAGACGCUCAGAGUUUCAAACGAAGAGCUGGUAGUCCACUAGCAAAUGCCGCCGAGGACAAAAAGCCAAAGACUGAAGAUGAUGCCGGUGCACCACCUAUCUAA